GACAAGGUGUGUGGCGUGUGUGGUGACCGGGCUCUCAGCUACAACUUUGACGCCAUCUCGUGCGAGUCGUGCAAGGCAUUUUUUAGGAGGAACGCUCCCAAAAAUCUGGAUUACUUCAAAUGUGCUUACGAUGGUCGGUGCAGGAUGGAUGUCUCCAACCGUCGGUUCUGUAAGCGUUGCAGGUUGCUGAAGAAAUGUUUUGAGAUUGGGAUGAGACGGGAGUACAUAUUGAGUGACGAGGAGAAGGCACUCAAAAGGCAGAAGAUCGAAGCUAACAGAUACAAA